AUGCGCAAAGAGGGCACGCCACAGAACCUUGGCCACUAUGCAACGUCCAAAGUCAAGAAGGUCCAUGUCGUUUUCAUGAACCAUUAUGACGUUGGCUAUACGGACUACAUCAACGGUGUGAUACAGUUGGAUGAGCGAAGGAGCUUGAACAACAGCUUCGAGGCACCUUUGAGCAUCUUGGUUGUCCAACCGCAGCUUGGUAUUGAGGGAGCGACGGGUGUAGAUUCAGAGCUGACGAAGUACUUUGUUCGUUUCCAAUCGCACACCGUGUUUACAGAUGGAAGCAUUGAGGGGCCAGAGAACAUGGCGCCCGAGCUUUUCGAGGCCAGCUUUGAUCUGGCGAAGCGCAUGGAUCAACGCUUUGGGCGUCAGGCCACCCGAACAAUGAGCAUCCGCGAUGUGAUCUACGUAACUCGGGCUGUGCUGCCGCACCUGAAGAACCUGGGCAUCACCGGCCUGACGAUCGGCUCGAACGGUGCAGACUAUCCGCCGCAAGUCCCGAAGCUCCACCGAUGGGUUGACGAGCUCUCUGGUACGGACAUUGUCGUGGCCUACCACGCGUACGGCUACGGCGGAUACGGUCUCAAGGACUGCGCCGAAGCACCGAAUGGUGUGGCCCUGUGCACGGAGUUCCGCACAGAUAAUACGGGCCCACCGGCCAACGGCUCCGAUGUGCUCGCGGUUCUGACAAACGUGAGCAAGGAGUACCCAGGUGCCCAUGUGAUCUCGUCGACCUUCGAUGCUUUCUUCGCGGACGUGCAAGAAGUGCGUGAACAGUUGCCCACGGUGACCCUGGAAGUGGCGGACACCUGGACCUACGGCAACCCCUCCGACCCGCUGAAGAUGGCGCAGUAUCGCGCGAUCCAGCGAGCAUGGAUUCGCUGCCGCGCACGUGGGGAGCCCCGGUGCGCAACCGAGGACCCGGCGAUCCAGAACAUGACCUGGUUUCUGCUCAAGGCCCCGGAGCACACCUGGGGUACUCCAGGAAUUUCCGGCUGGGGCAAGGGCGGCGAUUACAACACCUCGCUCUUUCGCCAUAAUCUCACGAACGAGACCUACAUGCGGGCUGCCGCAUCUUGGACCGAGCAGCGAAUUUUCAACGAGCUGGCAGCGAGAGCACUGGAGGAGGGGCCCGCUGUCCCCGUGCCGCAUCCCUUGGCGAAGGAGGUGAGAAAUGAGCUCAGGGCAGUGGAGGACGUGCCGACGCCGACAGUUCCUGCAUCAAUGGUUGAAGUGUCCGGCAGCACGCGGCUGCGUGCACGUAGCGGGGCACAGCUGGAGCUAGGCCCUGAUGGCUCUAUCAUUCAUCUCGAGCUGCCAUGUUGCGGCAUCUGGGCGACGUCCGAUUCCCCCCUGGGCGCCUACACAUACCAAACCUUCAAUGACACGGAAUGGAAGCCGUUCACAUAUGCCUACCUCAACGACCAUGCAAUGCAAACCGGCUUCUGCAAGCCGGGUUCCAACAACUUCUCUGAGAGCCGGAUAUGGAGGCCCUCUCUGAAGCACCUUUGGGUUUCCGGCGCUGCCAGCGCCUUCGAUUUCGCUGUUGCAGAGCUGCGCAUGCCCAGGAAGUCCAGCGAGACCUAUGGUGCGCCUCACACAAUCUUCUUGAACAUCAGCGCUUCAAGGGAUUCUCUGGACAUGGACCUUGUCACAGUGGGCAAGCUGCCUACCAUGAUCGGCGAGUCGAGCUCA